GUGUUAAAUUCUUAUCUUUUUGUAUUUUUGCCUUGAUAAAUUUCCUUUUUUUCUUGGUAUCGUAUAUUACAGUAUUAAAAAGCUUAGGCUUGGUAUCGCACGCAACUAGGCUAAAUAAUGUCCCGUUUCAAUUUCACAAGGAUUCGAUCGUUCUGUAGUUAGUUAUUAAAGAACUGACCUUUCCCGUGAUUCGUGGUGCAUCAAAUUGUAUUUGGCCUGCUUGGCACAGUGCUCGUGAUCGUGAUCAACUUGGCUUGUAAUAAAAGAUCGACUAAACUAAUGAAGUGAUACAUUAUUUACAAGUGUCCUCGGUUAUAUAUUGUGCGAAUAAUACGCGUGGUUAUUUCAGUUUGUCAAUAGAAAUGAUAUCGGUUCUGUUGCUGGUUUGGUGCAUCAAUUAUGGGAGCAGUUACAAUGAUUUUCCAUCUCUGAUUACUUCUAAUGCUACAAUGGCUGUCGUCAUUGAUAAAGGUUUCUUCAGUAACAAAGAUGAGUACCAAAAUGCCACAAAAAUAAUACAAGAUCUUAUCACAGAUACUGUGAAAAAGGAGAUGAACUUGGGUAGUAUCUCAAUGCGCGUAUUUCGCGAUAUGAAUAUUAAUUUUAAAGAUUAUACAAUUCUUUUGUCUGUCGCGACCUGCUAUCUAACGUGGCGUCUGCACGAGGUCGCACAAAAGGAAGAACUGACACAUUUCGCCAUAACAGAUCCAGACUGUCCUCGAAUUCCAGAUACAGAUGGUAUAACAGUGCCAUCGAUCGUUCCAGGAGAAGAGCUGUCACAGAUUUUUCUCGACUUAAGAAUGACAGAUAUUCUGUCCUGGAACGUGAUCAACAUCCUUCACGACGAUACGUUCGGUGAUAAGGCAACUAGUAGCAACGAUAAUGUCACGAUCCUUUUAUCUAAUGCGAACACGUGUUCACGCCUCGUUUCAGACAGAGACACGAUCAGUAGAGUGUUGAAAGCCAUUUCGAAUAAAUUACCGAACAAGCGAAUGAAUCUAAUCUCUAGGUCGAUUUUCUCGUUGAGACACGGAAACACGGGAAGCGAGAGGAAAAGUUCGGUGAAGAAGACGUUGAACGAUUUUCACGUGGAACAAUUAGGACAUUGCUUUUUGGUGAUCGCCACUGUCGACAUGGUCGCGGAUGUAAUGUCUGUAGCAAACUCUUUGAACAUGGUUCAUCCAGGUAGUCAAUGGUUGUACGUGAUCACAAAUAGCGUGUCAGGAAAUUUGAUCAACACGACAUUUAUUAAUUUACUGACAGAAGGAGGAAAUGUGGCUUUCAUGUAUAACGCGACUAACUUGGAUGGUUUCUAUAAAAUCAAAUUAAAAUGUUACAUCAAGGAUUUGAUCGAAGCAUUGGCGAAAGCUUUGGAGUACUCCUUGACGAACGAGAUCGAAUUGUUUAAGAGGAUGAACGAGGACGAGUUCGAAAUGAUCAGACUGACGAAAAGCAAGAGGCGAGCCGAGCUCCUGAAGAAUAUACACCUUUCCCGAAACACGUCUGCUUCGAACAAUGUUUGUGAACAAUGUCUGUUAUGGAGAUUCUUCUCGUCUAUAACGUGGGGAAAUUUCUUCUCUCGUAAUAAAAAUAUGGCUCACUUAUUGGAUAUAGGAACGUGGACACCUAUUAUCGGCGUAAACCUUACGGAUGUGAUAUUUCCUCACAUCGUGCACGGAUUCAGAGGAAUUAAUUUACCAAUCGCGACUUAUCACAAUCCACCAUGGCAGAUAAUUUCUAUGAGUAAAACGGGUAAAAAAUUGUACGAAGGAUUGAUAUUCGACGCGAUCAAUUAUCUCAGCAUGAAAUUGAACUUUACGUACACAGUGAUCAUGCCGGAAACGAGUCAAAUUCCGAGAUCCUGGAACACUUCUCAAUUUGCCAAGCUGGGCGAGAAAAUCAAAGAAAUGACCAUGUCGACCACGAAGAAAGUGCCAUUGGAAAUAAUCGAUUUGGUGCGCCAGAAGAAAGUUCUUCUGGCUGCGUGCGCGUUGACCGUGAACGAAUGUGGGAAUACCACAUUCAAUUAUACCGUACCUAUUUUCGUGCAGACAUACAGCUUUUUAACAGCGAAACCCAGCCAAUUGUCUAGAGUUCUCUUAUUCGCUUCACCGUUCACCAAGGAGAUGUGGGCCUGUCUGGCUGUGUCCAUUAUCAUAAUGGGUCCGAUUUUAUACCUGAUCCACAAGUACAGCCCGUACAGCACCAAGGCCUCCGGUCUCAACUCCUCCUGGCAAUGUGUGUGGUACGUGUACGGGGCGCUUCUUCAACAAGGUGGGAUGUAUCUACCGCACAAUGACAGCGCUCGCAUACUGAUCGGUAUGUGGUGGCUGGUCGUGAUGGUCCUGGUGGCCACAUAUUCCGGAAGUCUGGUCGCCUUUCUCACUUUUCCUCGAAUGGACACCUCUAUUUUAAGCGUGGAGGAUUUGAUCGCGCAUAAGGAUAGAAUCAGUUGGGGCUUUCCGAACGGUAGCUUCCUCGAGAUGUAUCUGCAGAACGCCGAGGAGCCUAAAUACCACGUUCUAUUCUCCCGCGCUGAGAGGCAUAACGACACAGAGGAGGAGAGAUUGGUGGGACGUGUGAAGGAAGGGAAACACGCUCUGAUCGACUGGAGGAGUUCCCUCAGGUUCUUGAUGAGGAAGGAUUUCUUGUUGACCGGUAGCUGCCAUUUCUCCCUGAGCAUGGACGAGUUUCUCGAUGAGCCUAUCGCUAUGAUCAUCCCGUACGGCAGUCCUUAUCUGCCUGUCAUUAACGCGGAGUAAGUUGUACGUUGACUUCUGGAGGAUCGAUNGAUGAAUAAGUGGAUCACGGAGAAGAUGCCGAUGAAAGAUAAAUGUUGGGAAGCGCCAGGUAGCAAUCAGGCGGUGAACAAACGAAAAGUAAACGUUGCUGAUAUGCAAGGAAUAUUUUUCGUAUUAUUCAUAGGUAUCACGUUGGCUUUCCUCUUUCUUUUUUGCGAGUUCUAUUGUCAUAGGCGUAAGAUAGCCAAGGAACGCAAAUUGAUUCAUCCCUUUGUUUCUUAAAUUUUAUUUUAAGACACGUACAAUUAAGUUAAAUUAUUUUUCUUCAUCUCACAAGAAGAUUCCAUACGAUCAUGGGAUUUCUCCUCGAAAAUAUAAACCAGUCCCACGCAAUGCGUUCAAUUGCACGUAUUAUCACUCUUUUUGCUUUCAAUUUCUACUCUUUUUCCCCGAUAAUUACCAUUUCGCUUUUUUUUCAUCGCUUAAUCGACAAAAAACAUGGUACCAAUCUACACGACCAGAACUCCUGAAAUUCUUGCUCAAUCCUCCAUUUUCUUGAAAUUCUAUUUCUUGAUCGAGUCGAGAAACAAUCGUUGACGUUAAACGAGACCAUAAAUUGUUCAUCCAUAACUAUUGAUCCAUUUCCAUAAUUGAUAUACAGAAAUCAAACUUAUCGUAUUUUAUUUUAUCGUAACUAACUCAUUCGAUAUGAGAGACGUUGGAUAUUUUUACUUCCAUAUUGCAAAAUGAAAAAUUUCCAAAGAAGUAAAGACGAUCGGUUUGAUAUCCCUUAAUUCUAAAAAAUCAAAUAUCGAUUCAUGUUACCGAUUUUAAAAUGGAAUUGGUAAUUCAUUCGGUAAUUCAAUUCACGCGCAAGGCAGACGUGUAAUAAUUCUCGCCAAUAAAAUGGCGACCAAUGGCCCGAGGACGUUUACAAUUACCAACACGAACGUCUAAUUUGCGGAUAAUGGACGGCACCGGAUAUUGCGUGGAUAUCCACGCAACGUCGAAAACGUUCGAUCCUUUCCAUGACCGAUGUCCGAGGCAUCCUUUUCCAUCUCGUUAGUUGCACGAGAGUCGUGGCGAUGUUUCGUGAAUAAUUUUUUCCGUGAGAUUAAUCUUAAGAAUAUUGUAUUAUUGUACUUAAUAAUAAUUAACAAUAAGUGCAAAAUUAUUAUAAGACGAGACUAUUGUAUCAAUAGUCUCGUCGAUCGUGAGCAAUAAAAAUUCGUUUGGAGAAGAGUA